UUUGUUUAAUUGAAGCAUGGUAGUAAGCCAAACUGAAUUAGAUACUGUAUCAUUCUAAUGGAUUUAAUGGCUCUUCCAUAUACAAAUCAGCUUGCAAUUGGUACAGGAAUGGCAAAAUUGGAAGUUGUUCCUCCCUUGAAACUGCCACCAUUGUCUUCUCAACAGCAAGCCUCACUUGCCAAAGCAAAAAAAUAUGCGAUGGAACAGAGUAUAAAAACUGUUCUGGUCAAACAAACAUUGCAGCACCAACAACAACAACUAAGCUCCCUCCAAGAAGCUGCUCAAAGACAAAGAGCUCUGGCUAUUAUGUGCAGAGUAUAUGUUGGAUCCAUUUAUUAUGAUAUAACGCAAGAACAAGUUAGGAAUUCUUUCACUCCAUUCGGUCCUGUGAAAAGUAUGGAUAUGUCAUUUGAUCCCAUCACUCACAAGCAUAAAGGAUAUUGUUUCAUUGAUUUUGAAAUUCCUGAGGCAGCACAACUUGCGACCGAGCAGAUGUCAUCAUUUCAAAUGGCUGGAAGAAACAUCAAAGUGGGCAGACCCAGUAACAUUGGUCAAGCAGCACCAAUAAUAAAUGAACUUGCCGAAUUAGCAAAGAAGUACAAUAGAUUGUACAUUGCUUCAAUACAUCCUGAUUUGAAUGAGGAUGAUAUUCGAUCAGUAUUUCAAGCUUUUGGUAAUAUAACUUCAUGCUCUCUAGGACGGGAACCUGGUAGUCGAAAGCAUAAAGGGUAUGGAUUUAUAGAAUAUGAUAAACUCCAGUCUGCAUUGGAUGCAAUAUCUAGUAUGAACAUGUUCGAUCUUGGUGGUCAGCUUCUGCGAGUAGGUCGUGCAAUCACGCCCCCAAAUAUUUCCAUGAAUGCUGCGGCUGUUACUGCUACGGCAUCUGCCUUACCUCCUGCUGCUGCAGUGGCAGCCGCGGCAGCAACUUCCAAAAUAAUGGCACAAGAAGCAGCAAAUCCAUUAUUAGCUGCUCAGAGAUUAGUAGCUUCAACUGCACAACCUGUUGUAAUGCAUAAACCAAUGCCUAAUUUUCAUACUGGUUUGGGAACACCCGUUACUUUAAUGAAUCCAGCACUUGCAGCCGCUCCUGCUGUUAUGGCUGUCAAUCAGCCUGGUCUUGUUACAGGAGCCACACCUACACAAAGUGUAAACCCGGCAGUAAUAGCGCAGCUUCAAGCACAGGCAGCCGCCAAAGAAAAUCCUUUACUCAAACUCGACACACUUCAACACCAGACAUUGAGCCAACAAGAAGGGAAUGUAAGUAUUUCUGGAAGUUCUCAACGGCAUCUCAUCAUGCAAAAAUUGAUGCGAAAAACAGAAAGCAAUGUAAUGGUGCUUAGAGAUAUGGUUACAGCCGAUGAAAUGGAUGAUGAUUUGGAAGGAGAAGUCACAGAAGAAUGCGGAAAAUUCGGCAGGGUGAAUCGAGUUAUAAUCUAUCAAGAAAAACAAGGCGAAGAAGUUGAUGCUGAAAUCAUAGUAAAAAUUUUUGUAGAAUUUGCAAAAAGUGAUGAUUGUGAAAAAGCAGUCAACGCUUUGAAUGGUAGAUGGUUCGGCGGAAAUAAAAUUACAGCAGUUGUUUAUGACCAAAAAAAAUAUGACGGUAACGAUCUAACUGGAUAAUGUGACUUGAUAAAAUUCUGUAUCUGUAAAAUCAGAUAUCAUGUAACUGGUCGGGUUAGACAAUUAUAAUCGAUGCCAAAAAAUUUCUAAAUUGAGUUCUUUGGGAAGUUUUUCGGUUUUGUUACAUUUAUACACUUAACUAAAAAGUUUCAGAAUGAUCAAAGUUGUCGAUCCUGAAAGUCAUGAAAAUUGCAUAUAGAACCCCAUAUGUUGAUGAACGCUUCAGGAAGGAUGCAGAAAAUUCUAAAAAUUUCAUUGUGUGACAAUACUGAAGUUAAACUUGAGUCCACAUAAACCUGCCAAUAAUGCAUUCAUGUGGUGACACAAUGGUAGACUAGAGAGAAUAACAAAUAUGUCAUGAUGAAUUUGUCAUUAUCACGAAAGAAUACUUUUGAGCUAUGCUUUUCUCAAUUUUGUAUGUUGCCUGAAUUUUUUCAUGUUAUUGAUAGUAGCAUGAAAAAUAAACCAAGAUCCUAUAUUAAUUUUCGUUUAUCUUUAUUAUUACGGCAUUGCAAAGAGCUAAUUAUACCCUUGUCGCUUUUCUCUGUCAUUUGUUAUAUACCUGAUAUGUUCCGGUGAUAGAUCAGAUGUCAAGACUGAAACUCCUUCAUCAAUGACUGAUGUUCUUGUGAAUAAAUUUUGGUUGCUAAUGUACUAUCUCAAUCUCCUAUAAAACAACAAUCAUAAUUACCUUAUAUUAAUUAAGUGAAGGUCAUUUUACAACAUUGUUUAAGAUAAACUUCAGAACAUAUUUUGAUACUGAAUUUCAAUUCAGGAAUGUUGUCCUUAUUUAUAGCCCAUGUUAUGAAUAUAGUUCUGAUGUUUGCAGUAUCGUCAAUGUCUUGGUACUUCAAUUAAACAAAAUUUUUCGAUUUUGGCAAGUUUGGAGAUAUUGGUUAUAAAACUGCCAUAUUAACAGCAUUGUUGCUUUGAACUCCAACCAUUUUAUGUUUGAAAUAAAAUCCUUAUUCUCUUCCCUUGUGUUUAGUUGUGAACCUCUUUAGUUUUUUCCCUUUUAGA